AUGAAUUUUGUCCUCAGAGAGGAUAAAAAAACAUCGUCGAGCAACUUCACGGUGAUUGAGUUAAACUCAAACGUUGAGACGGGCAUGAUGCCGAUCCUGAAGAAGAGCGGCCGUACCCUAGGAACGGAACUCCUCAGCACCGCCGCCAACACACUCAACGACGUCGUGGCAGGAAAAGACUUGCGCGAGUCGGUGAAGGCAAACACUCGUGCCUCCGCCGGGAAACUGGUCGACAAGGGCUACGAAUCGCUCAAGAAACGUAUGGGGUUGGAGGCGGAGGCGCUGGAG